AUGAAUUUUGCCUUCCUCUUGGCCCUCCUCCCGCUGGCGGCCGCGCACAGCAACUUGAUCAAGCCGAAGCCUCGCAACGCCAUCGACUCGGAGCUCCCCGAGUGGGCGAACGGGAAGGCGCCAUAUCAUUGGGAAGGUCCAGGGAACGGCACCGCUCCUUGCGCGUGCCGAAAUGGCACGGACGUGUGCGCCUCAGCGCAGACCUGCCUGUGGUUUAAUGUGGGGACGACGAUCGGCUGCCCGUUGCCUGACGGCGGCGACAAGGGCCCGUCCAACCCCAAUCGGAUCGACCGGUGCGGCGCGGGCAUGAAGGCGACCAACAAUGACCCUGCGCACCGGACCAUCAACCGUGCGGCCGUGGCGGGCUCCAAGGAUGACUGGACGAAAUUCAACCCCUGGCGUGCGCCCGGCCACGCCCCCGUGUACGACGCCUGCGGCCGCGCGAGCGGCUCGUACCAGGCCACGCCUGGGAAGGGCGAGUUCACCGAUACGAAAUACGCCAAGCUGGGCGACCUCGGCUCUCAGGUUUUGCCCAAGUACGACACCGGCACCGUGUGGCGCACCGGCUCGGUGGUCGAGACGAGGUCGAGUUUCCGUGCCAACCACGGCGGCGGCUACCAGUUUCGGCUUUGCCCCUUGACAUCGGAUCUGACCGAGGCCUGCUUCCAGCAGACGCCCAUGCCAUUCGCCGGCAACUCCAAGUUGAUGAUCUCGGAUGGCAGCAUGAUCGAGCUCGACUCCGUCGAUGUGAGCAACGGGACGCUGCCGGUCGGAGGCACCUGGCGCAUGCUCGGAGUCCCGGACGUGGCGGGUGCUGCCACGUCCGGCUGGGCCUUCAAGCCUCCAUGCCACGAGCCAGGGUACCCGAAUCACCCGCCCAAGAGCUACACCAUCCAGGCCAACUGCACGGGUGACUGGACGCACAACAUAACAAUGUACGAUUACCUCCGCGUGCCCGCGCAUUUGGCGCCAGGCGAGUACGUCCUCGGCUUUCGCUACGACUGUGUGUCGCAGCUCAGGUAUGAGUGCCCUGGCUACGGGACGGCGACCUUCGACCUGAAGUCCGAGAAGGCCGCGGGCGACCGCGAGCCGGUGCAGGCGGCGGAGCGCUCGUUCGUCGAGCGCACCGCGUCGCGGAAGGAGGAGCCGACGGAGGAGCAGAAGGAUGCUCGGGCCGCGGCUCGCAGGGCCAAAAAGGCCCGGCAGAAGGCGAACAAGGCGGAGAGGAAGGCUGCGGCGGCGGCCGCGAGCGAGGCCGAGCGUGCGGACUACCCGCACGAGCAGCUGCGCGAGAACGUCGAGUUCGUGAUGGACGGCCUAGAGGCUGCGACGCAGGCGGCGCGCAACCCCAGCGGGUCCAAUAUUCAGGUCGCCUACUCGCUGCCUCCCGAGGGGGGCAGCAGGUUCGGCGACCUGGUGUACGCCACGGUCCCUCUGGGCUCCGUGGCGACGAAGGUCGCCCGGGACUGGCUCGCCAACGAGCUCUACGAGCCGUCCCGGCGCGGCAAAAUUGAUGCGGCCUGCAGGGACCGAAAGGUCGCCGACCUGAUCACGGCUGCCGGCGCCUCGGCGCCGGCCGACGCCGUGUUCAGCGGCAGGUUCGCGACGGGCGAGGCGCCCCGCCCGACGACCUCCGCCUCCAAGGCGGACGAGGGCGACGGCGCCGGCGGCGAUGGCGGGACCGGCUUCGACCUGUUCGGGCCGGACCCCACCCUCAUGGAUAGCACUAGCAUAUGCGCCGAGUGCGCACACUGGGCCCACAUAGAUGUGACCCGCCCACUCGAGUGCGGCGCCCGGAUGCUAGUGCUUGAGAAGACACCACAAACGCGGCACGGCCCGUUUUGGAUGUCUGCGGAGAUUCUGUCUUAG